AUGGUUAGCCGAUAUCUGGGCGGAAUGCCGAUAUCUCUAUAUGCCAAUUUUUGUACUAGGGCUGUUCAGGAUAUGUUAAGCACUAAUCUAAGACUUCUGAAAACCUCAGAAAGAUAUCCUGACGUCUAUAAGUGGGUUAGUGCUUGGAGCAACAUGAGAUUCCAGAAUCCGGUAGAUUAUGAGUCUCUAAUCAAGGAUCCUCAAUGUCUCCCUUUGAGAUAUGUCGCUAGACCUGAGAAUAUAUUAAAAAGAGAAGUGCAGAAAGGUGUCUCUACUAUGGUGAUAAAUUGUGUAAUAAAGGCUCUGUUUUGUCAAGAAAUGGAACAAGAAAAGGCUACACUGAUAGAGGACCUGAUGUGUAUCAGCCCGGUUGAUCCUAGACUAUUGAACAAACUUUACUCUUUAUUAUCAAAUCCUGGUUUACAAGAAAAAUAUUUAGGAAAGUUCAGCAAUACUCGCUCUAUACAACAAGUAGCGUUUAAGAGGUGGACCAAUGAAAAGGAGGUCUUGCUUUGGGUGAAAAGAAUGGAAUCAAUUUUAUCUAACUGGUAUAAAGGUAAAGAGGCGUCUUCCUCAGACUUAACUUUCUUAAAACCAUACCUACAAGGGUGUACUAUGAGAUCUGCUCAUGAGUUAAGAAGCAGAACCUGGGGUAUCACUCUUGAAGGAAUAACUAUGCCUGCCCAACAGGAACAAACUACCUUACAUGUAUGGAGAGAUAUACCGGCUAAUUGGAGAGAGAGGGCAAUAUUGAUAGCAGUAGAUGGGACAAUACAUAGUGACGUAAUAACAACAAGAGGAAAAAGAACUCCGUACUUUGGAUCACACACCAGACUACGAGCGAAGAGAGCACCUCUGCAAGUUCUAGAAGUAGAAACCAUGGUGGAGAGCAUCAAACAGCUGAUGGAAUUGCACAGUUGGGUAAAAGGUAGUGAAUCAUUGACUAAACUGAUAGAAACAAUGAUUAUUGAGAAAACAUCAGUACCGUUGAAUACUUUAACACAAUAUUCAAGAUUAAUUUAUUCGGGCACCAUAUCACACAGACUGUCUUGUCCAGCACUUCGAAGAGGAGGAAUGGCUAAUCAAUCAUUGGCUUACGCUAGUCACUGUGUAAUUAACUCAGAUACUGCCACCAAAUAUGCGAAACAAGGGACUAAUUAUACCAUUUGUUUCCAGUCUGCAUUUUUAUAUGGUUUAUCCUGUUUGUCUCAGUACAAAGAAUUAGGAGUAAAUACGGCCGGUGAAUGGGCUUUAGUUUUAUCAUGUGAAGACUGCACAGCAGAGAUUCCAGAGGAACUAUUCACCAUGAGCAACAGUAGUUAUGCAGGGGUAGCAUUACCUAUAAAUUUAGACGAAAUCACUCCUGAAAUACAAACAGCUAGGAUCAGAGGAUACGAGGCAAGAUUAUUCGGCGCGAGAGCUUAUUCGGUCAUGAUGGCGAGAAAAUUUGUAAUAUGGAUGAUAUCAUCAAGAAAUACAGAAAGAGUAAUAUCUCUGGAAAACAAAAACAUGGAGGAAGCAAUUGUGGCAUCGUUUGUCAAUCUGACAGAAUUUAAGAGAUUAGAUUGUUCUCAGUUCUUGUCCUCUCUCCUUUUCUACUUCUUUUUAUACAACGAUUCUUAUUAUCGAAUGCCGGACUUGAUAGUGCAACCUUUGUUAGAGUCAGGAGAUGAAAAAAUUGCCUUUGAUGUAUUGAUAGACUCAUUGCUUAAAUGUGAUCUUUUCGGUGAAAUGAUAGGACAAGAUUCUUCUUCUUACACAUUAUCAGAAGGAAAGUAUGUUUUACGAGAGCUCUUAGCAGAUGCCAUUACUAAGCAACUAUCGCUAGGAACAUAUUUACUUUUGAGAUUAGCAAACUGCCUUACCCUAGAGGACACAGAAGGCGCCUACGUAAGAUGUGUUAAAUUGCAAUUAGUAGAGGCUGGUCAUUUGGAUGACCUUGCACCUUACAAGACAAAGGAGGAAAUCGAGAAAUAUGUUCUUUUGGAGACUCGGCUUUCCGCUGACGAUAUUUUGCCUAUCAUGACCUGCACAGAAGAAGAAGCCACAGCAGAAGUCAUCCUUCACGAGUACAAACUAUUGCUGCUAUCAGGAGGCGAGCCCAAUUUGAUUUCAAUACAAGUUCAGAAUUAA